AUGGACGAAUCUUCUAAACUACCAACAUACAAGACGACAGGUCGGGAACUACAGUCACCACCGGGUUUCGAUCAGAGUCUGCACGCUUUUCCAACCCCACCUGAAGAUGAUGGGCCGAGGACUAAGGCUAUGAAAAGCAAGGGUAAUGUGGGAGCCUUGGAAAAGGGACAACUAGAUCAAUCAUCGGGGCUUGGUGUUGAGGAUAAAGUCACGCUGAUAACGGUGGAUUCGAGCAGUCUCGUACGAGACUGGGAUUCGGGGAGCCGGCGUCUGUCUAUGAUCCUAAACCCACGAAAAAAAGGAAAUAGCAACCAACAAUUUAUGGAAAAGUACAAAGAGGUGGGAAAAAUGGAUGAGGUUUUGCGACGUCGAUCGACAAUUCAAAGACUUGCACUUAAACUCAAGAAAUCAAACUUGAUAUCGAAUGAAUACGCUCUAGACGGAGCCACCCAUUGCCUCGAAAAAACACAGUCUCCUCUUAUAGAAGCUCGGGAUGAGAAGUCCUGUGACGAGGCCAACCUGGUCUCGUUGGCCAACCCAGAACUUGGAGACCAAACUUUAGUCGUCGACCCUGACUUAGCAAAGGAUUCCCUAGAUACUGUUGCGGGAAGCAUCAAUAUCUCGCAUCCCCCAUCUGUAAAGUCUGAAGUGCUCUCAUCUGGUCUCGUACCCAGACACAUUAAACUCUCACCGCGUAUUGUUGAGACUGUUGAGUCUCAUGCCCUAGAUCCACCAGCGCAUCAGACAGAAAAGGCGUUUUCUGUUCCUAGAAACCUGGGGGUUCUAUCCGGACUUAUCUGGGGUAAACUAGGCCCUCGGGAUGCUAUAUGGCAUCCUUCAGGGACAGUAUUUCCUAACAAUAGGGAACAGAUCCAAGAAGCUGUGGUAUCUUUUCGCGAAAUGAGGGAGAAGGAACCUAUCAAAUCCCGGCAGCUCAUGACUGCCAUUGAGUCGAACUGCCCUCCUGCUAAAUUCCAGCUUUUUCGGCCCCGGGCCCUCCCGUUGAAACAUUCCCAUGAAGUUCCCGGUAUUGCAGAGGACGACUACGACUCGGCGUUCCUGUCUGAAAGAGCUUCGAAACUAAAAAUGAUACUCCUUCUGCUACAACUACUUACCUGGCGUGAAGCUGCAUGCCGCUUGGGCCGCGAAUCUUCUAUAUCUAGUUCAAUCCUUGAGUUUGGAGGCUCCGAAGAGUCCACCGCGGUUGAUAACGAUGAUACCACCCAAACUCCUAGUGGUAAAGGAAACGGUGCACCUGAGAGCGAUGAGCACACUCCGUCAGCCAGCUUACAAAGGGAUGGGAGGACGACUUUAGAGAAAUCCCGAGAUACUGGGAAGCAUCAAGGAAUGAAGAGAGACGACAAGGGAGACGACGAUGGGGACAAGCCACCCACCAAACGGCGGAAGAAAAAUCCAGAAAAGGCGUUAAGUGGCCAACUAGCUUGUCCGUUCGCAAAGGGUGAACCUUCACUUUAUCUUCGUUGUGUAGCUAUUGGAAGAAGGGAUUUGUCUGGUGUCAAAUGGAACAACCCUCAACCAGAGGCACAGCCAGAAGAUGUACUAUUGGAUUACCAAAGAAUCGAUAGUCAGAUGGGCCCAAGUGUUAAUGUUACAGGCUUGAUAAAAUUCGCCACUGACACCGAAGAAAUCAGAAACCCUAAACCAAUUCUGCAAACAACAUCAAACACUGACCCAAUCUUCGGGUUACUAGAGCAGGAUGCUUCAAUAAAUUCACAAAACCAACUAGACAACAUCGCUAUCUCCGGAGAUCACGCUCUAGGAGCAUAUAUUUCCUACCCAAAUCCUACGAACCAAUCACGGGGGCCUUCGUUCGAUAUCCUAGAGUCAGGUGCCUCUGUUCCUUAUGAGCAUCAGAACAUAGAACAUUGGAAUGAAACUAUAGGAAUAUCGACAAGUUUAAGCGCUGCAAUUAGCAAAAUGGCAGAGCCCCAUUUCACCUGGCCACUUCCAAGCGAAGCACAAACACAAACUGCAGAAUUCACACAUUUUCUCAGCUCAGAACUUGGUAUUGAUUUGUCCUUACCACCAGAAGACUGCUAUAACCAAGCACUAUCAUCAAUAGAUUCCGACAAUAUCUUCGAUCCCGCAACAGGCUUCACUAUGCCAUUGAUAAACCCCAUGCCGCUUAGCCUAUCCUCGACAUCAUUUCCACAUCCAAGGCUGAAGGUUCUCGAAGCUGAAACCCUAAUACCUUUUCAACCUCUAUAUAUGGCGUUCCCCGGAGCGCCCCCGGACGGCGGUAGCGGACCUGAAUCGGACGACUCAAACCCCAGCAUUAUAGCUUCUAAUGCUCCGCCUACACCACCGAGAGUACAACCAUUGCAACAUAAUAAUAGGGAUACAGCCUCAGAAAAAUAUCUCCUGUUAGUAUCCCGCCGCCCUAUAAACCCGAACUCGACUGAGGGCAAGGGGUACAAAAGAUACGAAUUCAAGGGGUUCGAAGAUUUGCGAGAAAACUUUGAUGAGUGGUUAAAAUCUAAAUUUACCAAUCCACCGUUUGAUUGGACAUUAAUGGAGUUUUAUAACGACCUUCGAGAAGCUCGGUUGACGGAUAUCGAAGAGGUAAUUGAUGAUUUAGAAGGCUCAUUUACACAUUACCGGUCAACAAAAGCAUCUUUGUAUCUUGUCAUGAAGGAUAAGGGGAAGGAAAGGCGGCGUAAAGUUGGUAGUCGUGCAUCAGUCGCAUGA